AGAGGCUGGUAUUGAUGAACAUGCCUGUGAGUGAAGACAAGACUGUUCAUUUCACUUCUACCCUCAUGGGCCUAAUCAGGACAGCACUUCACAUCAAGCUUGCGAAAGGUGGAGCUGAUAAGCAGCAGUUAGAUGCAGAGUUACGAAAGGAGAUUAUGACUAUUUGGCCUCAUCUCCCUCAGAAGACCUUAGACCUCCUGGUUCCAAUCCACAUGCCCACUGACCUUACAAUCGGGAAAAUCUAUGCGGCCAUGAUGAUCAUGGAUUACUACAAGCAGAGUAAAACCAAAAAAUACCAACAGCUACAGGAGGAGCAG